AUGGAUCCUUUCUCUGUCCUCCCCAUGCCUGCCCUGGCCCGCGCUCCCUCUGGACCUCAGCCAGACAAAAGAAGCGACCACGUGGCCCAGGAGCGCCAGGCAGCUCAGACGCGAAGGAUCUUUGGUCUGCGGCCGCUGGCCCAGGCUGCUCACCAGUUGCAGCUGGAGGAGGAUUUUAUAGUCUCAUCAGUGGCCGGGCCCCUCUCAGUCUGCUGCCCUCCGCCCUCCGCCCCGCAGAAACGCUCCGGGCUACAGUUGCAUCGCCUUAGAUCCAGACCCAUCAGCCAUCAUGCCGGAACUAGGAAAUCCAAGAUCACGGCUUCACGCAAGCUCCUGCUAAAGAGCUUGAUGCUGGCCAAAGCUAAGGAGUGCUGGGAACAAGAGCACUUGGAGAGGGAAGCUGAGAAGGAGCGCUACCUCGCCGAACGGAUCCCAACCCUCCAGACCAGGGGACUGUCCCUCAGUGACCUCCAGGACUUGUGCCGGGAACUGCAUGAGAAGGUGGAAGUGGUGGACGAAGAGAGGUACGACAUCGAGGCCAAGUGCGUCCACAACACCCGAGAGAUCAAAGAUCUGAAGCUGAAGGUGCUGGACCUGCGGGGGAAGUUCAAGCGCCCCCCUCUUCGCCGGGUUCGGGUCUCAGCUGACGCCAUGCUCCGGGCCCUGCUUGGCUCCAAGCACAAGGUGUCCAUGGACCUGAGGGCCAACCUCAAGUCGGUCAAGAAGGAGGACUCAGAGAAGGAGCGCCCGGUGGAGGUGGGUGACUGGAGGAAGAACGUUGAGGCCAUGUCUGGCAUGGAGGGACGGAAGAAGAUGUUUGAUGCCGCCAAGUCUCCAACUACCCAGUGAAAGGUGGGUUUUCCUGACUGAACUGUAGCAACAGCCCUUGCCCACUGACCCUGCCUGCGCUCACGCCCCUCCUCCUGGCCCCCGCGGAGAGCAGUCCUUCAAACGCUUCUGCCAGAUCUCGUGGCCUGAAACUCCUGGGUCCGGCCUCAUGGCCAUUGCCAGUUACCAACCACCCUGGGCUGCAGCCCCCAGUGAAGCCGGCCAGGGAAGCGGACUUGGAGCACCCACUGUGGGAGGAACCUAGGCUGAGACCCGACCUGAGGCUGCAGCUCGACCCCAGGCUACGGGCUUGAUCUGAGGUUGCAUCUCAGCCCCUGCCAAGCCAGGAAGGUCCCCAGAGCUCAUUCUUCCCCGUGGCAUCCCUGCCAUUCUCCCCCCAACUCACCCUGCCCACCUGCCCACAAGGGGCUUCCCCGCAUCCCUGCCAGGCAAGUGCCAGGCUGGCAAUCUCCCCCUAAAGCCCUUCCCUCCCCUUUCACUCUCUUCUCUGUUCUUGUCCCACCCUUUCCCUUCCUUCCACUUUUCAGGUGUGACUCCUUGCCUGUCUAUUAAAAGAAGCCAUAUCCUGGCAGGUUGGA